GAGUGAAGUGUCGUAACGUCAUAUACGGGCGAAUAGUGGCGAACAUCUGUCCCCAAAGAAUAUGACAUUAGAUUACAUAAUAUAUGAAUAGAUGUGAUGAUUGUUUGCAUUGCAUUUGACAGUCGAUUGAUUGCAUGACAACAACACAUAUACUGUAAACACAUUUCAGACAUCUUUAAGACACUAUCAGUGCAUCACUUCUGCCAACCAUUUGCUGACCGUUCGGACACAUCCCUCCCUAUCAGACAAUAGCCUAUUGUGACACGUCUUAUAUGCCCACAGAUUCAUCCAUUUGCUGAUCACUUCAUUGGACACAAACAGAGGUCGACAACAAAAUGAAUCACAAUUGGGAUCAAAAGAAAGGAAACGCUCCUCAAGUGUAUCCACCCCUCUAUGGAGGGCCCCCAUCGGCGCCACAACACAUACCGCAGCAGUCGAUGCAGCAGUCCUUCCAGGGGUUGCCACAGCCGUACCAAUCCAUGGGCGGCCCUAUGGGACAGCCAUUAGGCGCUGGUAUGGCUCAGGGAUUGGGUCCACCGCCCCCUUACACGCCAUACUCGGAACAGUCGCAGCAACAGAUGAAAUAUAUGUCGCAAAUGACAUACAAUCCCAACCAAUACAUGCCGACCUCGAGCGCCGGUGUGGGCGCUCCACUCGUGCCACAGCCCCACACAUCCAUUGCCGGAGCGCACAGUUAUCCCUACCCUUCGAAUCCAUAUCAAAACCCUGGUCUCUAUAACCCAUACAACCCGUACCAGAAUUUGCCGCCAAAUAGUACUGUAGUUAUGCCGCAGGGCUUCGAUGCCGGCGCUCGCUUUGAUGGCCUCGCGCGGCCUGGCAUUCCGCAGCCGCCCCCACCGGGAGUGGCGCCCAAUGCGGCCCAAUUGGCGGCAAUGCAGGGCCACAAUGUGGUGAUCGGCCAGAAGAAGGGCUCCUUCCUCGAGGGCGGCAGUAGUGGCGGCUAUACCUUCUGGUAGACCACAUACUCACGUAUUCAGUAUUCAAUUCAAUAGCUUCUCAUUCGUAAAACUGUUUCAAUAUUUAUGCAAAACAUUAUCUUUACGAAUAAUCAAUUUUAUGCCGUUUUUUCACUCAAGUUUUAACUUAAAAAUCUAAUUAUUAUUAAUAAUCAUUAUUGAAGUCCUUUUUUCGAGUCCUAAUUUUGUGUUCAAUCCAGCGAUUGAUUAUUAUUUAUUUAAUAUAACGG